UAUCCAAUAACACGCAAUUGGACAGUCUUAUCGAAUUAUAUAAUACCAUUACAAACGAUACAAAAAGUAUCACGAGUUUAUAGUACCAGUUUGACAGAUCAUACACAGCUGGAAGAUUGUGUAUUACCAACAGAAAAAUUUAACUAUGUAUCCACUGAUAUCAAGCCGUUGUACAAAUCUAUGGAAAUAUUGGAGAAGGCAGCAAGUAAUUAUACAAAUAUGACUGUACACGAUGCUAUUGACACAAUAUUUACAUUAUUUAAAGCUUCUAAAAACACAGAAGAGGAUUUGCAAAAUAUUAAGCAACAUAUAGGCUUUAUGCGCCUAUGCGAAGUGUUAAAUAGAAACAUUAGACUUAUGAAAACCAAUGAAAUUAUUACUAGUCUGAGAAUAUUGACGUAUUUUAAGAUUCCAGCCAGCUGUGUUUUAACUCAGUCAUUAUUGCAAAUGAUUCGUGCAAAUGUAAAUGAGAUAUCGAUUCAGGAUAUAAUCAAUAUAACUAUAUUAUUAAAGAAAAUGGAUAAUACACCAUUAAGAGAUGCUUUAUUAAUAGCAUUACCUGUCGUUUUUGAAGCCCAGUUACCUACAAAAUUGGAUCCAGAUAAUAUUUUUAUUUUGACACAGUCAUUAAGAUUUAUAUGUGAAAAUGAGAUAAUAAGGGCGCUACAUAAAUUAGUGCUGGUCACUGCAAGGAAUAAGGAAUAUGGAUGCAGGUUUUACAAUGAAGCACUGGUGGAUGCUUUUAUCAAUUCAGCAUUGUCUGCAGAAAUUUCUUUUGACAGCAGUAUCUAUCUGCUGAAACGUUUAAAUGAGCUAAAUUACGCUCAUAUACCUUUUCUAGAAUAUUUAGCAGCAAAAUGCUUUGAGCAGCCAAAUUUACUAAAAAACGCAUCAUAUUAUAGAAUAUCUAUUUUCUUAGAAGGAUUAAUUAAUGCUGAUUAUAAGCCAGUAUUUUGGGAUAUUAUACGAGAUGCAAUAUUGGCGAAUAAAGUGGAAAAUAAGAUUUUUAACAGAUCUAUGAUCAAAUUUGCUUUACAUUUGAUUGCAUUAGAUUGUUAUAGUCCAAGUUUAAUCAGCAAAGUCUUUUAUCAGAUUAUAAAAACUAAUGAACCAAUGAAGAAUAUUCAUAUGAGAGAGUUAUUACUUUUAUAUCAAAGUAUUAAGACGCUGUAUCCUAUGUAUAAUGGACCAUGGCCAUCGCAAGAUAUACUUGAACAUGCUGUAAACAUAGACAAAACGUUGCUUAGUCCUAUACUUCCCACAUUUUCUUUAAAAACGGCAUUAGAAUUAGCAUUAGGUGGUCCUCAGUAUAUUCAUAAUAACAUGAAGACAAAACUUGGGCAUGACAUUGAUCACGUUGUUGUAAUGAGAAAAGGAGGAUAUCCUGUUGCAAUUAAUACAGAUACGUCUAAUGCAACUAACAUAACGUACAUUGAAGAUAUACAAACUCCAAGCGAAAGUCAGAUGAUACUUAUCUUCAAUUUACCUGAUGCUGCAUAUGCUGUGAACUCUCAAAGACUAAAAAGUACAUGGUCGUUAAAAAUAAAAUCCGUUGAAGCAUUAAUGAAAACAAAUGCAAUUGCAAUAAAUUCUAGUUCUUGGAUGAAACUACCGGAAUACGAAAGACUUCCAUAUCUGAUGCGAGCUAUAAGGCUAAAAUGCGAAGACGACUCAUUCUUAACAAAAUAAAAUAUAUUUUAUCAUCAACAAGAAAAUACGUAGAAUUUUCGA